UUUCAUUUCAAGCAGGUGCGGCUUUAUUCAACAGGUGUCUGAGUCAGGGCAUUCACAACGGCUCUACGCGGAUUUAAAAAAAAAAAAAAAAUUUUUUAACACAUUCUUGAGAAUUUUACACAUUCAAAGUCGGAGGACUACAGAAACCCAGAAAGGAAACUGAAGAAAAGAAAACUGUUGCUUUCAGAUAUUAAAGAGAGAUAGUUUCAGACUAGUUCACCUUUUUAAAUUCAUUUUUAGAAGAUGGCGAAUAAAGGAAUGCAGCUCCUGGGAUUUACUCUAUCUCUUCUGGGUUUGAUUGGGCUCAUUAUUGGCACAAUCUUGCCUCAAUGGAAGAUGUCUGCCUACGUUGGAGAUAAUAUAAUCACAGCGAUUGCGAUGUAUUCAGGCCUUUGGAUGUCGUGCGCAUUUCAGAGCACGGGACAAAUGCAAUGCAAGGUGUACGACUCAAUCCUACAACUCGAUGGUGCUCUCCAGGCAACUCGUGCCCUGAUGAUUGUAGCGAUCCUGUUCACGGUAGCGGGACUGGGUGUGGCCAGCAUGGGAAUGAAGUGCACUAACUGUGGUGGUGAUGACAGAGUCAAAAAGGCCCGCAUUGCCAUGACAGGCGGGAUAAUCCUCGUUGUUGCAGCCCUCUGUAGCAUUGUUGCCUGUGGUUGGUUUACAAGUCAAAUUGUCCGGGAUUUCUACAACCCCUUCACACCUGUCAAUACAAAGUAUGAGUUUGGUUCAGCCAUUUUCAUCGCCUGGGCUGGUGCGUUCCUGGACAUAAUGGGUGGAGGCAUGUUGGCUGCCUCCUGCCCAAAGAGUAAACCCUCUCCCAAGUACCCCAAGUCCUCCAGACCUCCCAGCAGCAGCAAGGAGUAUGUUUGAGCCGCAUCAGUUUUUCUCAAGCUGAAGAAGUCCAUAACGUAUCAUGGGGCAUGGGUAGAAGUUUCCCUAGUUUGCUGAUCUGAGAUCUGUUAUGAUUGUUAUUUCUUUUAUUGUGGUUGACUUAGAAUAGAUGAAACCAUUCAGAUCAGUGUUCUCAGGCAACUUUUACUCGUGCUCGAUACAUCAGCCCACCUCAGAAAAUAAGGUCACUUCUGUUUUUCUUUCUUUUGAUAAGCACAAAGUCUUUUUUUUCUUUUUAUUUACGAUCCUGUUGCGGAUGUGAGUUUGGAGGGGGGGGAGGGGGGUUCUUCCCAGGUGUGUUCCUCGAUUGAUGAGACUGCCAUAUUUAGUGAAAAUGAAAGAGGGUGACAUGCUCAGGGAAAAAUCAUCACUCGCACCGCUUGGUUACACGGCAUCACUGCUGAAAAGAUUGGUCCUGACCUCAUCAUUUCCCUUGUUGCUGUGUAUUUCAUCUAAUGAAUUGUGCCAGACACUGAGGGGCAUGAGAGAAUUUUUAAUUUAAUGUGUAAUGUAUAUAUAUUUUAAGAACUAAGGCAUAAAUUUCUAGUUCACUUUGCUUGUCCCCGUGUCAUCAGACUAUUGCUUUUCAAACGAUACUUAAUUUUUUUAAAUGAAUUUUUUAGAAAGGAAGUAGAAAAAAAAACAAAAAAACUAAAGUCUUUCUCCGUGUAAAGUAGUGUUAUACUGACGGUGCUUACAUGAAACUGUAGGUGAAAAACCCAAGCUUGACUUGGUUUAGAUGAUGGUAAAGAAAGGCACUAAACUUCAAAUUUUGCAGAUUGGGCGGUUUCUUUUACUGAGCAACAUGAUCAAUGCUUUUUUUUUUUUUUUUUUAAAUCAAAGAAAUGGCUCUUCUAUAUGCAAAGUGAAACUUAACCUUAGCUUUUGUGCUUUAGCUCCUCAGUGUCCUCCCUGUUGCAUGUGCACAUUUAUAAAGCCAAUGUUACAAAAUGUUUUGAUACUCCUUGUAUUUAUACACCACUUACUGGUAAGGAGAAAAAGGCUGUAGAUAUUUAUUCAGUUUUAUCACAGCUGGUUACAAACUAGACGUCACAUGGAUUACAUGACUUUUUUUAUUAUCUGUCCAUUUCUUUCCUUUGUUCUUUGUGCUUGGACCACUUGAGAGAUGGGUUGCCCUCAAGUCUGUUUAGGAGUUAAGGUAAAUUUAGGUCACAUGUAUAUUUGUGACCAGCUUGUGCAAAUAUUUAACUUUAAACAAAGUUUUUGACUGUUAAGUUUGUUACAAAUUACAACUUAUGUAAAUAAAUUUUUUAAACAAGA